CUUCGCGCGAAUUCGGUUACGUUCUGUAACCAAGCUUGUAUCCUGGCACGAUCUCGGUAUCCUUUCGAUACCACGAGAUCGCCAGCGAAUAUAUCUCGAUUUGGUCCAUUAAUUGCCUUCUGAUAUUUGGCUUCUCGGGGAUUUUAUGGAUUUAUUUGGUUAUGUUCAACCUUCGCCUUCUGAUUUACUUGGCACGUGUUUCUUGGUAGCGGUGUUCAUAGUCAACCGCGACUCGACACCACGCUACAUGCGUAUGAACCAAUCGUUGGUCACUGGCUACCAUGAGACUGCAUCUCCUUACGAUGCUCCACUGCCUUGUGGAGCAGACCUGUAGGUCGAAGGUUCUGGAUGUGUCCUCCUAAUAAGACCACGUGCUUUGGUUUGGGCACCCGUUCGGUAUCACAGUUUUCACAAAAAUCAACUGAGAUUUGUGUGGCGCAUAUGUAUUUGGUGCCCCCUUGUACCAAUAUCUACGUGUCCGAAUAAAUAAAUAAAUAAAAUGACUCGGAUUCCCAACGUGUUCGUUGAUUUUCCUCUUUUCCGUUUCCCUUCAAGAUUCGAAGUGUUGGCUUCCCUCGUGAUGCCGUUUGAUUUCCGUAGUGCGUGUCCUGUACAAUUUCAGCGUCUUUUCCUAAUUUUCUCUUCAGAUGGAAGCUGGUUUGUCCUAUCCUAUGUAUAUAUAAUUUUUCAAUAUUUAUUCAGUAUUUCGACUGAUUCAAUUUUUCGAUAAGCCUGUAUAUAUGUGAGAUUUAACUGACAAUAUUCUUUCAGGAAUUCGACAGGAAAUCUUUGAAUUAUGCUUCUUGCUAGUCGGAACUUGUCAGAGAGUUGGACUUAUAGUCUUAUGAGAACUAAUGGGCAAGGUAAAAACGGUAAUCCCUUUCAAACCUGUCCGCCGUUUCGUUUCAACGACCUUGAACGCGCUAACUGGAAGCGGGCAUUCCGUAUUUCAAUUGCCGUGUGUGUGGGGUCCUAUGAGUAUUAAAUGUUUCCAUAUAUAAGUCAUCUUUUGAUGCAUAAUAAACACUAAAUAACUGCUAAAAGCAUUAACUGAGUAUUUUCUGUUUUGUAGUGCACACUUUAGCUCUGUUGUUCCUUCGAAACUUGAUCUGUGGUCCUAAGUGCCGUAGUGAAAGUCAACAGCUAUAUAUAAUUUGUUGAUAAGGUCCAGAAAACAACGUAAGAAAGAUAAAAUAACGUAAAAGUUUAUAGAUGCGCAUAGUUUUUGUGAGUUAAGACGAAAUGUCAACUGAAGGGUAAGUCCUAAAUAUUUGAUGUUCUUCCUUCAGUUAAUUUUUUUCAAGGAAUAACCUUUUUUAAUAACUAUUGUAUGUUGUCUCUGGUGCUUCAUGCUCAAGUGAAAUUUCAGUGGACGUAAGCGACGCGUUCCAACGUAUUAUGCUGAACAAGAGAUUCGGAAGCUGGAUUGAAUUAGAUAAUGCGCUAAAGGAUUUCCAUAAAGUAUGAUAGGAUAAAUCUAUGUUUUCUCAGAUGACCCAUACACACUAUGUUCACGCAGAAAGUAGAUUGUUGAAGGAUGUGAGAUAUAAAUACUUGUUUGUAGUGUUUCGUUGCACGUUUGGUCGUAAACGUAAAUCAGAAGGUCUGAAUGUGAAUAAAAAACCGUGAGGACUCUAACUAAUGUGUUACAUUUAAGGUCUAAAUUUUUAAAUUGCCAAUCGAUGUUUCGCGUAAGAUUGGAGGGUCAACAAUACGUUAUAAAAUCUUACAACAUGUCUCACAACCAUCCGUGUACAAGUUCGUGGAUGGUUUGUGAUCCGUUGAGUAGACGAUUGUCAUCAGAAGAAAAAGAAAACUUGAAACCAGUUAUAUUGCACUGUCAGUCGACGGACGAAGUUAUCGAAAGUAUUAAGGAAAGAACAGGUAAGCAGGUGACCGCUGCUGAUGUCAAAAAUAUGAAAACUGAACUCUCCACUGCAGGUAUUGCAGAUCAUGCGACAAAACGGUGAAGUUAGAGAGCAUGCAGAAAAUGGAUGUAUUACGGCGAUAUGCUUCAGCAGUUAUGAUCAGAUACGGCUGUACAAUCAGUAUCCCGAAGUCGUGUGUAUUGAUUCUACUUAUAAAACUAAUAAUAAAAAAUAUUCAUUAUUCCAAUUAGUGGUGACAGACAAUUGGGGUCGAGGUCGAACUGUACCUAUCACGUUUCUGGAUGCCACGUAAAACAAUGUGGGCGCGUGCCUUUUACGGCAGUGUAUUAACUUUGGGUAACAACACGAAUAAUCGUGUUGAGUCAUUAAAUAGGCAGAUAAAAAGAUAUGUACGCAAAAGCGACAGCUUGCACAAAUGCAUGUACAAGGCUUUUAAGUGGAGUUCAAUGACAUUCUCUAGAAAAAGCAUUGAAGACCAAAUAAUCAGUGGAAGAACAUACAAUUAUGAUGCUCCACAGCGUCUUAUCCCCUUACUUAACAUGUUGACUCCAUUUGCAAGAUCCAAGGUGUUAUGCGAACUUAAAAAAAUGCGUUUUGUUAACUUAGAAUAUGAAAGCGGCGAGUGGUUGUUUAUGGUUGACAGCGGACAUUACGAAGUGGAUGUAAGUAUUUGUCAAUGUAAUUGUAGCACGUUUAAUAUGUGUCGAUAUCCGUGCCGCCAUCUCCUGCUGGCAUAUGUUAAAAGACGAAAUCUAACAGCUCAUCAACUUCUUAGGUGUUGCUGCAGAUGGAAAUUAGACAAUAGGUACAACUUACAAAACAACACAGGAAUUUCAUUACGGAGACGGAGUAAAGAAUAUAUACAACUUCAACGGCUCCAAAGAAUGUGCAAACAACAAAUUGUUGAGAAAUAUGGUGAACUCUUCGCGAAUCAGGUGGAGAGAAAAGUCUACAAUUUUUACUUAAGAAUUAUAAACAGCUAGACAGCAGGUUUACGAUUAACAGUUCUUUGUGGCUUUAUUUUAUACCACUAUUUAUACAACUUGUAAACUUAUCUUUCCACUUUAGUAGUCAUGAAAAAUCAAUAAACUUUUUCUCAUUUUUUU